CAACAUGGCAGCCGGAGGCUUCCCUGACCAUUGCACCACGAUCAACCUUCCAACCGGCCUCACGUACACAUGCGUCCACUACCUAAAGCCUUCAAAGAGCAGCAAGCGGACCAUUCUCUUCCUUCAUGGCUUUCCGUCAUCCUCAUACGACUGGCACCACCAGAUCAAACACUUCGCGGACAAAGGCUAUGGAGUAAUCGCACCAGAUCUACUCGGGUACGGAGGCACUACAUCGCCUACCUCGCUCGAACCCUAUAAACUCAAAAACAUGUCGGAUGACAUCAUGGCCAUCCUUAAGCACUGUGGGGUAGAUGUGGAUGGAGGCAAGAAAGUCCACGUUGUCGGUCACGACUUCGGCGCCAUAUUCAUGAGCACGCUGAUCGCGUAUUAUCCCCAGAUAGCGCUUACGUGCGCCUUCCUCGCUGUGCCGUACACGCCGCCUGGCCGCAAGCUGGACCUGGAUGCUAUGAAAGUGCUGACGGAGCGCGAACUGGGCUUCGAGUUCUUCGGAUACCGGAGAUUCUUGAUGCGCGACGAUUCGUGGAAGCUGAUGGAUGAGCACAAAGAAAGCUUCUUUACGCUGAUCUACGGCCCUGAGGAGGGUAUGAUCAAGCACUUCCUCCCAGCCGGCGAGCUAGAAGCCUGGCUAAAGGCAGACCGGAAGGUGCCGCUGUUGGACUGGGUCACUCCUGAGUAUAAGGAGACGCGUGAUCGUAUCUUUUCGAAGGAAGGUGCCUAUCGCGGACCAACAGAUUGGUAUCGCGCGCGGUUCCGGGAGUUCCUAGGGAUUGACGAGGAGAUGGAGGAUAUUGGGCCGAAUCCGAAGUUGCCAUGUCCGACAAUGUUCAUGCAGAGUGCGGACUCGAAGAUGAUGGCGAAGGAGUGGACUGAGAGGACCAAGCUGUUUGCGGAUGACUAUGAGUAUGCGGAUGUUAAGGGUGGGAAGGGGCAUUGGGUACAGCUUGAGGCGCCGGCAGAGGUGAAUCGUGCCCUGGAGGAUUUUCUUGAGCGACAUGCAUCCUGAAUAUGGGGGUUUUCUG